CUCUUCGGGUAGGGGGGGGGGGGUACUGGCACGUGGCUGCGAAGCUGUGCCAGCCACUGCGUCCACGCCCAACGCCUUGUUGUAUAAACUCUUUUUCUGUCAUUGGAACAUGCUAGGCAUGAGGGGAGAUGUUGAGAUGCAAGUGCAUUCUGCUUCAAGGAAAUUCAUUCACGCAUAUACUGUAGCGAGAAGGUUCUUCGUCACUGACGACAAGCGAACCACCACACCCUGCCCCGUUGGUUGUUUCCCUUUUUACUUUGACUCAAUUUCACAGGCUGCCACCUUAGUAAAUUAUUUGCCAUUUUUUACAGGCACUGCCGAACAAUCCAAAAAUUCACUCUACCGCUGAUGGCAAAUUUGUCUUUAAGCCGAAGUAUGACGUUCGGAACAGACAAGAAUUGUAUCAGCUACUUAAAAGGCACGAAUUCAGAGGCCUCGGAGGUAUCUACUUGGAUGAUUUAGCUGAGGCUGUUGCGGACGUUGACAAGGUUGUCCAGGUAACUAAUCUGUCUCCGACGUUCACCAUCUUCAAAGUACUAAAAAGCGCUUUUGAAUCUUUACUAACGUAAACUUUUCUGCCAGCAUAUUAUAAUAGCGCAACUACGCUGGCAUGCUUUUUAUCAGGACAGGUAAUCGUUUUAGUCGUUAUAGCUGCCAACUAUUGUUGUUAUCGCUUUUAUGUCGACUUUUCUCAUCGAACGCUAAACCUAAUGACAGGCUUUAACAUAACCUCAAAGAUUCAAUCAAGCAUUAGUGUGGCCUUCAUAAUUUUGCUGAUUUAUUUUUAUCUACAGAGUCUUGGAGAUCAUGUCAUCCAGGUUGUCACCCCACACGACAAAAAGGUCGUCCUCUUUUACAACGAUAAGUCCUUCGAUCUGGGCAUAAAGGAAGGUGAGUUUCCGCGUGCUGUGGAAAUGUUUAUAUGCAGGUUAAAUGCAGGCCAUUGGCUUAAAUUUGAAGUCGAAAUCACUGUCCAAGAGGAGGGGGGACGGAGUUCAGGUUCCUAUGCCUCGGCCGCCUGCCACACAAGGUUUUGUUUGGGCAGUCUUCUCUGUAGCAACAAGGUUGACAGUUCGACUUCACUCUAGAAUUGUGAGCAGCCACAAGAUAUGACAUGACUUCCAUCUAGAGAUCAUCCUUUGCUCAGGCAGCCAGACCUACAGUUCGUGACCUAUCUCCUGAAGGGUCACGAACUGCGAACUAAAAUCGCUCUAGCGCACGAACCCCCCAGUCCGCAUCCACGAAGGUUAUACUGCACUAAAGAUACGACCGAGCUUCAGAAAAGGCACGUUUUGGUCUACACAGUAUUCUUUACUGACCAAGAAAUGGCGUAUUUUACGAAAAACCACCAAGUCAAAAAACGACUUUAUGACAGGUCAAUCAGUUAAGGCUUGAUAUAACUGUCAGCUGAGAAGGAAAAUGUCGCAAAGCAACAAAGUGAUGAAAAACAGUAACAAAUACAACGUAUUAGGAGUUUGUAAAUCGUCCUUCAGAUUUGAAAGUUGCCGUAAUCCAGGAGGGCAUAGAAACUGCCAAGUUGUCUACGGUGGUUUGGUCUAUAUAAUUAUUAAGCACAAAAUCUAACUUUUGCUGCACUGAAAGAUCUUCUCCUGCCUGGUCCCAUUUCCUUUUAGUUAACGAAAAAAAUAUUUUCGAUUGGGUUCAGAUCCGGGCUAUUGGCGGAGAUAAAAGUGGUUUGAAGGCCACAGGCGGAGAGGUUGACUGUGGUCUGAAAUUUUAGAUUAUAGUCGUAAGCUGAACUGAAAUAAUACCUCCUUUAAACAGCGGGCAGGGGGUUGUCCUGUAACAUUACGGUGUCCAUUCGACGUCGAUGAAUGCCGUUGUAACCGAAGGCGUCCUUUACGAUGUCGAUGAACACCUUGCUAUUUAUCGUCUCCGUUGCUGAAUGCCAGAUUGGUUGCUCUCCGAACUUGACGGCCAUCCAAACCAUCAGGCCUCGAUAGUUCUUGAAAGUUGGUGUUGAUACAAUGUCCUUCCCACAUAUGACCACAUGGGUCGACUUCGGCGGCUUGUCUAAAAAUAGGACCUCAUCACAAAAGUAAAUGCUUUUCCAAAAGGAAAGUCCGUGAUCAGUGUAUUUUUGAGCAAAUAACGUUUUUUAAUAAGUUUCCUACUUAAAAAUGGCAUUGUCAAAACGUUUUGCUGAUGGAGGUCGAGUUCCUUCAUCCUUUUUCUAAUUAUGCGCAAAGAAAACAUUAACAAGUGUUCCCUAUAAUUAGCCUUAGGGAGAAUAUAAUGAUAUUUUUUAGUGUUCAACGAAUGGAAUCGUCGUCGUGCCUACUUGUGGACCGUUUUGGUCCACCUUGCUUAACUCUAGGCACCGUUUUAUCAUUAAUAAUCCUCCACAGAGUUAUCUGGCCAGAUCGAAAAUACUAUCUAACGACUCACGCGAGAGCCCUUCGGCUGCCAAUUUUCGUAUCCGUUCAGUUUUCUUCCUAUAGGACUUGCACGGCGUGGCACAUAAAACUGGCAACAUGUAGCCCGUAGUCUAUAUAUACGUCGAACAAGCUUAUUACUGCGUUUAACGACAAAAAGCGUUACAAUUUUGCUAAAUAAAAUUUGUUAAGAGCAGAGUGCUCCUUGUUUCACGAGGAGAAUGCUUUUUAACAUACCUGCCUUGAUCUGAUUUUAAUGAACUCAAAAUCACAAUGUCCGUUCCCAGAAUAGAUUUCUUUAAUAUGUUUCCUUGUUAUAUGAAUGUUCCAAUACAAAGCAACGCGCGCAAAUAAGAGAUUUUAAUAGGUGAUACUUAUUAGCACAUGAAGCUACGCGGAUCUCCGGAAACGUCCAAUCUUGUCUAAUCUUAGCCUGUUUCCUCUCAAUAAAACAGACCUAUCAUGAAUUCUUCCUUAAUAAAGGCCUUCUGGGCUUCCAACCAAUUCUAAAAACAAAACUAACCACACCAAAUACACGCCGUAUCACCAACUCCAAUACUGAUCUCGGUAUUUCCUGAGUUAGGUCAUCUACUGUACAUAUUUAGUCUCCCAUGGGAGUUAUUUAGUUACGUGGGCGCUUGACCUACCGAAUGUGUCUGAUACUACUAGACUGCCGGUCCGGAUUUAUCCGGUCAUCGGUGUGCACGCUCUGGCUGUGCACUGCUAUCUGUAGCCUGGGGGACGCCUUGGAUAUAAGGCGCAGGUUUCUCGUUCAUUGUUGUCACCGGUUGUUUGUCUCCGUCGUGGUUGCCGACACCUCGACCUCGGAAUGGAGGUUUUUGGCUGGCUAUUCUAUCUAAGAUGAUAACGCAAAUGGCGUGUCACGUUUAUCUCUGUUUUUAGGUAAUUUUGUUUGAAACUUUCAUAUUUGCAACUAGUAAAGUCACUGAAAAUUCCUAAAUUGUCCUACUCCAUUGUCGACUUAUUUUUAGAAUUCAAACAGUUGUGGAGGGCUGUAAGUGUUGAGGGAAUGCAUGAGGUUAAGAUAGAGGAGUAUCUACGCCGCAAUGGCAUCACAUCCAUGUCCGCGGACAGGAAGAUCUUUGUAAGUAAACCGUUGUCUCUUUUCUAUGCUUGCAGGGUUUCUUCCCCGUAUGCUGGUAUUGAGAUGGACCUUUAUAUCGUUAAAGUAUUGCUACUAUUAAUAAAUUAGUAGAACGUUUUCGUACUUAUUUAUGCAUAUUUCCAGACUCUGGCAACCAAGCAGAAACAGGCCGGACGGAAGCGAGCCUCCAAUCGACCCGUUAAGUUAAAGGAUAAUGAACACCUGCAGGACAUACUGAAGGAUUUUUCGCAGAAGUGA